AUGGAUCUCGCAGCAUUGACGCCCCUCCUUUACUAUGCCGUCGCAAGCAUGCUGACCAUGGCAUCGCUGACACGGCAUAGAGCAAUCAGAAUACUAUCUUUAGGUCCAAUCUGGCUGUUUACUGUUCUAUCCUUGACUUCAUGCCACAAAUUACCCGGACUGCUCGGGGCGAAUACCACCUUUGCCAGUUUGGUCGUCAGUUACUUUCCUUAUUCGAUCAAGAUCCUCGCCAUUGAACGGCAUUCUGUGACCCCGGAAACAUCAAAGAAUCCUUCGGCCUUUAUCGACUGCUAUAGGAUAUGGAAUAAUCCUCGGCAGCUGCCACUGCGACCUUCCCGUUUGGACAAGUCAACAGGAUGCAGUGGCAAAUCACGGGCUAUCUUUGCAUUGUCCAAGACAAUCAAAGCAAUGGUUCUUUGGUUCCUAAAUAGUUUCACCUUUCAACAGAUCCUCGUCUGGUCAUUUGGAAAUAUCAUGGCAGCCGACUUUUCUCCGGCAAUGGAAAGCCCAUUCCAGCUCCUCUCCGUCCAUCAAAUCCGCAUCCGAGCCAUCAUGUCCGUGCAGUGGAUAUGGAGCGCUUACUUCUUUCUCGAAUUCUACAAUUCCCUCAUGGCAAUCAUCUUCGUAGCCAUCUUGGCCCUCGACCAACCCCAAGACUGGCCUCCUCUGUUUGGCAGCCCACUCGAAGCAUGCAGCGUCCGUGGGUUUUGGGGUCGGUUCUGGCACCGUCUUACAUUACCCACCUACAUCUGUUUCGCAUUUCCCAUCUCUCGGGGUUUGCUGGGUAUACCGCCAAGGUCGCGGAUGGAGAAGACCAUAAUCCCCCUGAUUAUAUUCAGCAUGUCGGGCCUGUCACAUUGUCUGGUGGGAUGGGCGUUGGGAGAGUCAGCCUUGGCUAGGGAUUUCCUGUUUUUCGAACUGAACUUUCUUGCUGCCGCCAUUGAGACGGCGAUCUCCAAGACCGAUAUGCCCGAGACAUUGAAGGGGCUGUUUUUACUGCCCAGAUGGAUCCGUGUGGUUGUGGGGAUGGGCUGGGUUUAUGGAUUCUUCUUUUGUAUCGCCCCGAUGUGGAUGUAUCCUAAAGUUUAUUCUGCGUUGGUGGGUCUGAUUCCAUGA